CUCCAAACAGCGCCCGGUUUCCCAUUGGCCGUUAAGAUUGCAACUCAGUAGCCGGCGCUGCAGCGAGGAGCCUGGGAGAGCUGCUCGCUGAGGUCGGGCAGCAGGAGGAGCGUGUGAGCUGUGGGCGUCCCUUUAAGAGCGGCCGGCUGGGCAGAGCCUCCGCCUCUCAGUCCGCGGAGCGCCGGCAGUCACCUGGGCCUGUCGGGGCAGCCAGAUCGCGGCCUGGCCAGAGUGUUUGUCCUCGGAGGUGGGACGGGGGCGGGGGCGGACGCAAGAAGCCCCGGAGCCGUCUCGGAGCGUGGUGGUCCCGCGCCUCUUCCCGGCAGAGGAUGCGGGAGCGCAUCUGGCCGCCGUCGCUGCUGCUGCUGCUACUGUUGCUGCUGCUGCUGCUGCUACCGCCUCCUCUGUGGGGCGACCCCCCGGACAGCGGGCGCGGGGAUCCAGAGCCGGAGCGCGGGCCUCUGCAGCCCUUCGACCUCCUCUACGCCAGCGGUGUGGCUGCCUACUACAGCGGGGACUACGAGCAAGCGGUGCGCGACUUGGAAGCGGCGCUAAGCAGCUACCGGCGCCUGCGGCACAUCCGCACGCGCUGUACGCGCCACUGCGCCGCGCGCCGCCCGCUGGCGCCCCCCGGGACCGGCCCUGGGGCUGAGCUGCCCUUCUUCCGCGCGCUGCUCGAGCGGGCGCGUUGCUACCGUAGCUGUGAGACCCAGCGCCUCGGGGGACCUGUGUCCCGCCACCGGGUCAGCGAGGAUGUGCGGAGUGACUUCCAACGCAGAGUGCCCUACAACUACCUGCAACGGGCCUACGUCAAGCUUAACCAGCCGGACAAAGCGAUGGAAGCAGCUCACACAUUUUUCAUGGCCAACCCUGAACAUAUGGAAAUGCAGCAGGACAUCGAGAAUUACAGAAUGAUGGCUGGUGUAGACGCGCUGCAGCUGACAGACCGGGAAGCCAGACCACACCUGGAGAGCUACAGUGCAGCAGUUAAACACUAUGAGAGUGAUGAGUUUGAGGUAGCCAUCAAAUAUUUUGAACAAGCCUUAAGAGAGUAUUUCAUUGAAGAUUCAGAGUGCCGUACGCUGUGUGAAGGGCCUCAGAGAUUUGAAGAGUAUGAGUAUUUAGCGUACAAAGCUGGUCUUUAUGAAGCCAUUGCAGAUCACUACAUGCAGGUACUGGUUUGUCAGCAUGAAUGUGUGAGGGAACUCGCCACCCGUCCUGGGCGCCUCUCACCGAUUGAGAACUUUCUUCCUCUGCAUUAUGAUUACCUACAGUUUGCCUACUACCGAGUUGGUGAGUAUGUGAAAGCCUUGGAAUGUGCCAAAGCCUACCUUCUGUUCCAUCCGGAUGAUGAGGACGUCCUCGACAAUGUAGAGUACUAUGAGGGUCUGCUGGAUAAUGGCGUGGACCCAGAAUCCAUUGAAGCCAGAGAGGAUUUAGCGAUGUUUGUGAAACGGCAUAAACUUGAAUCUGAACUGAUAAAGUCAGCUGCAGAGGGCCUGGGGUUUUCAUACACUGAGCCGAAUUAUUGGAACAGAUACGGUGGGCGCCAGGAUGAGAAUCGAGUCCCUUCAGGAGUGAACAUGGAAGCUGCAGAAGUUCACGGGUUAUCAAUGGGAAAGAAGUCAUCACCCAAGAUACAGCGAGACUUAAGGGAAGGUGGCCCACUGCUUUAUGAGAAUAUCACGUUUGUUUACAACUCGGAGCAACUGAACGGGACUCAGCGGGUUCUCCUGGAUAACGUCCUGUCGGAGGAACAGUGCAGGGAGCUGCACAGCGUGGCCAGUGGAAUCAUGCUUGUCGGUGAUGGAUACAGGGGAAAAACGUCACCGCAUACACCCAAUGAGAAGUUUGAAGGUGCAACUGUUCUGAAAGCACUCAAGUUUGGUUAUGAAGGCCGAGUCCCCCUGAAGAGUGCCCGUCUCUUUUACGAGAUCAGUGAGAAGGCUCGAAAAAUUGUAGAAUCCUAUUUCAUGCUGAAUUCAACCCUGUAUUUUUCCUAUACACACAUGGUCUGUCGUACAGCCCUAUCUGGUCAACAGGAUAGAAGGAAUGACCUCAGCCAUCCCAUCCAUGCUGACAACUGCCUGUUGGAUCCUGAGGCCAAUGAGUGCUGGAAAGAGCCUCCUGCAUACACAUUCCGAGACUACAGCGCUCUCCUAUAUAUGAAUGAUGACUUUGAAGGAGGAGAGUUCAUAUUUACGGAGAUGGAUGCCAAAACUGUGACUGCUUCUAUAAAACCCAAAUGUGGACGCAUGGUCAGCUUUUCCUCUGGAGGAGAGAACCCGCACGGGGUCAAGGCGGUCACCAGAGGCCAGAGGUGUGCCGUCGCUCUGUGGUUUACCUUGGACCCACUUUACAGAGAACUGGAACGGAUACAGGCUGAUGAAGUGAUUGCAAUCCUGGAUCAAGAACAGCAAGGGAAGCACGAAUUGAAUAUCAACCCCAAAGAUGAGCUAUGAAAAGCAAAGAGAAAGUUCUAUCAAAUAUUUAUUUAAAUUGUUAAUCUUAUAAGAACCUUUUUAUUUUUGUACAGAAUCAUGGUAUAAAUUAAUAGAGUGAAUAUGAGUUGCCAAAUCUCCCUUCUGUUCUUUGGGAUGUUUGCUUUGCCUCAGUAAGUCAAUCUGUCCUGGCUUUUCAUAGUUGGUCUGCCCAAGCCCAGUCACCCCUCCCCA